UACCAAUCAGAAACAAAGAUAGAAUCACGUGGUUUAGUGAAUAGUAUGUCGUAUAAAAGUAUGUUAUAUUUGUAGUCAAAAAUAUUAAAAUUUCUUUUACGAACAAAUCACAAAUCAGAAAGCUUAUAAAAAUGGAAUCUAGCAAGUCAGAAUCAACACCAAAACAAGCUAUGGUAUAUAUUUGUGGAGAAUGCCAUCAUGAUAAUGAAAUACGACCAAGAGAUCCUAUUCGAUGCAGAGAAUGUGGAUACAGAAUCAUGUACAAAAAACGAACUAAAAGACUUGUUGUAUUUGAUGCACGAUAAAUGUAAGGAUUAAAUAGUUUUUAAUAAAAUAAUACACACAAUUAUAAUAAA